CUCCACAUGCGUGCCUCUAGCGGCGUAUAGGUUAUCCCAAAUUGUGUCUAGAAUCUAAUCGAAGCCGGUUAAGUUUCGCAGAGCGAAAAUAAAUAAUAGUUGCCGGUUUUGACCUUGUGUCUAUUUGGUACCGUUUUGUUACGUUAUAAAAAAAAUAUGGCUGGUGCUGGAAAACGUUUGAUUCCUUUAUUAGAUAGAAUUUUAGUUGAACGAUUUGUGCCAGAAACAAGAACAAAAGGUGGUAUUAUGAUACCCGAGAAAGCUCAAGGAAAAGUUCAGAGUGCCACAGUUGUAGCUGUUGGUCCUGGGGCAAGAAAUGAUAAAGGUGACCAUAUUCCUCCUAGUGUGAAAGAAGGCGACAAAGUUUUAUUACCUGAAUAUGGAGGUACUAAAAUAGAAGUAAAUGAAAAGGAAAUGUAUAUUUUCAGAGAUAGCGAUAUUCUUGGCAAAUGGAGUGAAUAAUUGAUAAUUUAGAAAUUUCACUGUCAAAUUGGAUCAGAUUGAUCUGAAAAUAAAUCACUUCAGAGUAGAGUUAUCAUUUAUUGUUACAUUUGAAGGCUUCGUAAAAUGCAUUUAAUUCAAACCAUUAGAUGUAUGUUACAAUUUCAUCUAGAUGUUUUAUAAUUUUGCAAAUAAAGAAAUUUUUUUGAAA